CGCCAGUACUAGUACCGUUGUGCGUUUAAACUUUACUAUACAAUGCAGUCAGUUUCUCACCGGCACCUGCCUGGAGGCGGAGGCGCUCGCUGCAAUCUGAAAUCUACCUUAUGAACCCAAACGAUGCUAUCCAAAAAGCCAAAGAAGGACUCAAAACAACCCGCUCCUGAAACUGAGGAGUCGCAGGACGAUAAUGUGAGCCAACUGUUGGGCGUCAUUAUAGCGGCCAUCACUGUCACAAAAGACCUUGUUCCAAUCAACCUUGCAAAAGGCAUCCUCGGAACAAUUGCAAACAUCCUGACAAUUGCGCAGUCAGUGAUCAAGAACAAGUCCGAUUUCCGGGCGAUAGCCAACAAGUGCGACACCAUCAGGAAAGUCCUUGAAAGAGUGACAAAGGAUCUUGAUGCUGCCGCAGUCAAUUUACCAGCAUCUUUGAGGGAUGCUUUAUCGGAGCUUAACAUAUCAGUUAAGCGCAUCCAUAAUGAAAUCACCUCAAAAAUGGAGCGCAGAUUUUGGAAGAGGCUCCUCUCUGUCACAAUUGAUCGCGACCAGAUCGCUGGGUGGGAAAAGGACCUAGAUCGCGUCCUCGCACUAUUCAACUUUGAAGCUAUCGCUGACAUCGCGAUGGACGUGAAAUUUGUGAAGAAGCUGGCUUUGGAAUUCAAAAGCAAUAUUCCUAGUGUCAAUGUUCUCAAGUAUCACCCAACUGAGCCUCCACCACGACCUUCAAUGUUUUAUGGCCGUGACAAUCUCGUCGCGGAGUUGACAAACCUCGUCGUCAACAAUGAAUAUAUUGCGUUGAUCGGUCCGGGAGGCAUGGGAAAGAGCUCCCUUGCCAAAGCCAUCCUCAACGAGCCACUGAUCAAGGAUAAAUUUGCUGAUAGGCGCUUCUUCGUGACCUACGAUGGCCUGGAUCCUUCAACCAUCACAUUUGAAGCAUUUGUGACCCGUUUCGCGGGAGCCCUCGGCAUUGAGCUUGCUGGUGCUGAUCCUAUGCGCCACAUAUCUGCCUUUCUUCGUUCUGCCAGGACUCUCGUUGUCCUCGAUAAUGCUGAGACCUUUGAAGAGGCCAGCGGAUCAUUGGCGCUGAGGGACAUCCCACCUGCCAUUGCUGAAAUUGCCGACAUCCCCGGCGUCAUUCUGAUUGUCACGUCACGUAGUAGAAGGAAUGCACCCAACGUGCCAUGGAUAGCGAAGGAUAUUCCGCCGUUGGAUUUGACCUCUGCUCUAACAGCUUUUUUUCAAAUUUAUAACAAUGACAAUUGUAGCAACGCUGAAGAAGACAUAAAGGACCUGCUCAAGGAAUUGGAUUUUCACCCCCUUUCCAUCAAUUUACUCGCCAAGGCCGCGCAGCAAAAUAGCUGGUCUCCAGCCACUCUGCUGAAAAGAUGGAAUAAUAGACACAGCAAGGUACUUGACCCUGGCGAGGGAAAGCUCCAAAGCUUGUCGGACACUAUGCAGCUAUCGCUCACCUCGCCGUCAAUUCAAAACCUCGGCGACGGUGGUCGUCGUGCACUCGCUAUCAUUGCUUUCUUUCCCCAGGGCCUCAAUGACACGCUGGCUAGCAAUUUGUUGCCGUCGCUCCCGCAAGUCGACAUGAUUUGUGAUGUCCUUUGCAGGCAAUCUCUCGUUUAUCGCCAAGACAGCUUCAUCAAACUGCUCGCUCCCAUUCGGCAUUACGUGCGAGAUUCGUUGCUACCACCCGAUUCCACUUGUCUGGCAGAGAUACGUGCCUUCUACUAUCGUACCGUCCGACUGUGUUCAGAAGAACGAGAUGUUCAUGCUCAUAUCAUUAUCUCGGAUCAUCUAAACAUUGAGCACGUGGUCGUCUCCGACCUUGCACACGUACCAGAUAGCACAGGAGAGACUUACGACAUUUGCUGCCAAUUUUUGCGGGACUUGCGGUGGCAUCUGCCUCGCCCAACUACGCUUGCCCCAGCUAUUUUCAACAUCAUUCCAAACUCCUCCACAUUGACACCAAAAGCAAACUGCCUCCGGCAACUGGGGUGGCUCUAUCGGAUGCUUUCUCAGCUCACCGAACAAAUUACGGCCUUUCAAGCUGCCAAAGCUCUCUACCUCACUGCCGGCGACUACGAGGAUGUGGCAAUCUGUGUUACGACCCUUGCAGACAUAUACAGGUGCCAAGGUCUCUUCAUUCAAUCCCAACGGGUCCUCGAGGACCUCCAACGCUCCCGCUCGUGGAAAUAUCUCAGCGGAACAACGAAAGCCCAAGUUUGGUAUUUCCUGGACUCUGCCAAAAUGUACACGUUCACAGCAUCUGCAGACGAAUUGUUUGUAAAGUCCAUGGGAGAUAGUGCAUGGGGCUUGAUAUCUAAGGUUCGGCACUGGGGGGCCCAAAUGUAUUAUGGCGGUGACAUUGUCCAGGUCAAGAUGCAUUUAGAAGACCUUCUCGAGAAAUGCACACGCACUGGAAACCUCCACGACCGUAAGGACGCACUUUGGGUGCUCGCAGACGUUGCGUUUUGCGCAGGCAGGUUAUCCGAAGCGAUGGAUAUCCUACAGAAUAUAGUAGAAAUGUUCGAGGGGCAAGAUUGUGAGAAUCUCCUUUGGUAUGCCGUUUGGAAAGCGGCUGUUGCGGGCCAUCAGGGGGAUUUUGCCCUCGCGAGGGAGCUUAUCCAGAAAGCCUUCAACAAAGCCUCCCGAUCCCUUGAAUUCCUUGCGCUGCGCAGUGCCCGUACAUUUCUCCACACAUCCUAUGUCUCUGCCAGCAUCGAGCUCACCGCUAGCGAGUACGAUAGGGCCGAGUCUCACUUCACCGCCACGAUCGAAAGUUGUGACAUACAAGGCGAGCUGCUCGUUAAGGCGUUCAGCACCCGUGGGCUGGGCGAGGUUGCCUUUGCGCGUGGUGACUUCCCUUUAGCCACACAUCGAUUCGCAGAAACACGGUCUUUGUGCACUGAGAUGGGAGUGCCUCCCCGGAAUUUGUACAGUUGCGUACCACUGGAUGUUCUACCGGACAGAUUCGAAGGAUGGGCGUUGUUCUUGGAUGGUCGGUCGCCGUGUGUUAUGUAAAUUAUAAUGUUACACUGGUCUGCAGUUGUAUGUUGUACGAUUAUUAUACCAGUUUCACAUCCAUACCAAGAUACAGACCAGAGAUGGAGCAAAAGUGUCAUUACUCUUCGAUCUACUCGACUCCUCGCUACAGGACUCGUUGACUGGACCAUUACUCACUUCCCGCGGUGUCGAUGCAUCCGGAAUUUCAACCUGGGCUAGAAGAUUCCACGCGACCGCAAGACGCUGCAUCGUGAACGAUGCAAUGGACGGGUUUGUCGAGGUGAUUCACGGGACACUUCUAGGUGUCCAGGCACUGGUCGUUUUGCACUGCACAAUGGUGCCUUCGCCAUCCUUGCACACUGGCAGACAACUAUAGAUGUUGGCUAUAACACUGGCAGAUGGAUGCGUUGACAACUUGAAGAGUCGGG